GUUAUGUGAAGCUGGCGGACUUGGGCGUCAGCCGGUGGCUUUCAGGAGAGACAGAAGAUCCUCUCACUUUCGUCGGCACAGAACUCUACAUGAGCCCUGAGCGUUUGUUCAGCGGGUCUGCUGACAUUUCUCCUUCCUCUGAGGCUCCUGGGCGCUGCGCGGGCGCAGCAGCAGCAGCAGCAGCAGCUGCAGCGGCCGCAGCAGCGAAGAAGGGCGCAGCAGCAGCAGCAGCAGCAGCAGCAGAAGACGUUUCUUUCAAAGGAGACAUCUGGAGCCUCGGAGUUGCUCUUCUAGAACUUGCUGCUCUCAGCCACCCUUUUCGCCAAGGAGUUCCCUGCAACAUAAGUGAUGCUGCUGUUGCUGCUGCGCUGCAGCAGCAGCUGCGAGGUGUCUAUACACCCGAAUUCAGAGACUUUCUCUUCAGCUGCUUGAGGGUUUCUCCUGCAAAAAGAAAAACAGCAAAAGAACUUUUGCUGCACCCCUGGCUGCUCGAGCACAUGGCCACCCCCAAACAGUUCGUCAGUUUGUUCCCAGGUGGCUGGACGCGCUUUACAAAACCGCAGAUGAGAUUUUCACAAGAGUCCUUCAGGAGGAGCAAGGGGGUUCCCUUGCUGCUGCGCGCAGCCCAGCAGCAGCAGCAGCAGCAGCACCCGAAGGAGCAGCAGCAGCAGCAGCAGCACCCGAAGGAGCAGCAGCAGCAGAAGCAGCAGCAGCUCGCAGGCUCCCUGCUGUUGCUGCUCAGCGUCAGCAGACACCCCCAUUGGCUUUGA